UGGUCUCGCCACUGUUUUUCAGUUAAGUAUGAGCUCACUGGGUAAGUGGGUGGACCUGCAGUAAGUCUAUUAGGGCAAAGUUUACCCUGUACACGGGUGCAGCAGCAGCAGCAGAGACCCUGAAUACCGUUUGGAGACGCGGAAAGCAAAAAGAACCGAUCGAGACAUGGCUGAUAAGAAAGCCAUCCUGUUCAACUUCUGGGGAGUCGCCGUCUCUGCCCGACCUACUGCCAUUUUUAAAAAGCUGGAAGAGUUGCACAACCUACCCGGAGGUUUUCUCUCCAGUGUGGUGUCCAAAGACGCCGGCGCCCUGAGGCAGGCUGAGAGAGGAGCCAUGACACUUACACAGAUGAUCCCAGCUUUGGAGGCCGAGUGUGUGCAGGAAGCCCGGGACAGGAGUGUGCAUAUGCCUUCUGAUUGGUCAGUCAAUGGCCUGCUGGACAAACUCACAGAGGCAAUGAUGGACGUCCAAGCAGCCGUGCUGAAGACAGCUGCUGGCCUGCGACGCAGCGGGUUACUGACAGCUGUGCUGGCCAAUCACUGGGUAGAUGACAGAGCGGCUGGAGAUGGCACAGGUCGCCUUCUCUCUCUGCUGGGAGGCCAUUUUGACCUGGUCCUCCAGUCCUGCCACUUGGGUCACAGGGUCCCUGAGCCCGCCAUGUUCAGCUCUGCCCUGCAGCGCCUGGGAGUGACGCCCAAACAGGCGUUGUGGCUGGAUGCUGAUGUUGAGGGUGUAAAAGCUGCAGAGGGAGCAGGGAUGAAGGCCGUCUUGGUGGAAAAUCUGGACGUUGCUCUGGUGAAACUAUCUGAAUUUACUGGCUUUCAGGCUGUUGGAACAGUGAGUCCCCCACCAUCCUGCAGCCCUGAUGAAGUGUCACAUGGCUACAUCACCAUAAAACCUGGUGUGAGGACUCAUUACGUGGAAAUGGGCUCCGGUCCACCGGUGCUACUGUGUCACGGUUUCCCGGAGAGCUGGUACUCCUGGAGGUACCAGAUCCCAGCCUUGGCUGCAGCAGGAUUCAGGGUUUUAGCUCUGGACAUGAAAGGAUAUGGAGAGUCCACAGCGCCCCCUGACAUAGAGGAAUAUUCUCAUGAGGAGCUCUGUAAGGAGUUAGUCGUAUUUUUGGAUAAAAUGUCCAUACCACAGGUCACCCUGGUGGGUCACGACUGGGGCGGCUCCCUGGUGUGGGCCAUGGCCCGCUUCUAUCCUGAGAGAAUCAGGGCUGUGGCAUCGUUGAACACCCCAAUGUUCAAGUUGAAUCCUUCGGUUCCUGCUUUCGAGAAACUGAAGGCUAUUCCAAUAUUCGACUAUCAGGUCUACUUCCAAACACCAGGUGUGGCGGAGGCCGAGCUGGAGAAGGAUUUGGAGAGGACGUUUAAGAUUUUCUUUUCCAGCAGUAGUGAAGCGAAGGGUCGUCCCCCUCUCAGCACCGCAGGAGUGUGCGCUCGAGGUGGCCUGUUUGUGGGUCUGCCGGAGCAGAUUCCCAGGAGCUCCAUGCUGACAGAAGCCGACCUGCAGUACUACGUCAGCCAGUACAAAGAAAGAGGCUUCAGGGGGCCCUUGAACUGGUAUCGAAACAGUGAUGCAAACUGGAAGUGGAUGUGUUCCCGGCCCUUUGAGAAGCUGCUGAUGCCGACAAUGAUGCUGACGGCGGGUAAAGACCCCGUACUGCUGCCGUCCUUUACCAAGGGAAUGGAGGACUUGAUGCCAAACCUGACCAGAGGACACAUCGAAGAGUGUGGACACUGGACGCAGAUGGAAAAGCCGGCGGAGACCAACAAAAUCCUGAUAUCCUGGCUUAAAGAAGCGCACAAGAAGACUGAAGGUGGUACUGUGGCUCCCAAACUGUGAGGAAGGAAGGAAGGAAGGAAGGAAGGAAGGAAGGAAGGAAGGAAGGAAGGAAGGAAGGAAGGAAGGAUUCUAACAAGAUUUUUCAUUGUGGCACAUAAAAGUUUAUUUAGAACAACUUAGACACUCACAGGCAGUUUUAAGAGUGAGUGAGCCUCCCAUGAGAAAUGUAUUCAGACAGAAACUGAUGUGCAACCAACAGGGAGGAAAAUGUUCUGCUAAAACAUGUUCAAAAACAGGGAAAAACUGUGCUACAAGUAACAAAAAUAAGAAAUAUCACAGUUCAAGAUAAAGAUUAUAUUUUAACAAAACAAUGUAUAAAAUCUCAUAAUUUUAAUGAAACAGUAUGAACAUUUUCUCUUUAUUUUGGAGAACAAAUGCUCAUUAUUAUUAAACACUUUUAAGGUCAUCUUAA